GAUAUCCACAAAAACAUGUCCAUCUCGCCGAGGUUCCAACAACGCUCGGUCGUCCAUGUGAGCAAAAUGGCGACGCAAGCGGCCGCGGCGCUGCUCGAUGAGCUUAUGGGAAGGUCGAGAAAUGUGCUUCCCGAAGAGAGAAAUCAAAAUGUACAUUGGGAUUCACCCGAGGUGUGUCGUCACUACCUGGUGAAGUUUUGUCCACAUGACCUCUUUACAAAUACAAAGUCUGAUCUUGGACCAUGUGACAAGCCUGUCCAUGACGAGGAAUUAAAAAGGGAAUUUGAAGCUGCCAACUCCUAUCGCCGCACUGCCUUCGAAGAUGAAUUUGUUAGAUAUGCAGAGUCUAUGCUUACGGAAGUAGACAAAAGAAUAAGAAAAGGAAAACAACGGUUAUCAUUGUCAGUGAAGGAUGCCUUGGCCAGCAGCACAACAGGCGAUGGGAGAGUAGAUGAGCAGCUGGAACUCCUUUCUGAAAGAAUUACAGGUUUAGUAAGUGAGGCUGAAAGACUAGGUUCUGAAGGAAAUGUUGAAGAGGCGCAAGGUCUCCUUAAACUUUGUGAUCAACUACGAGAAGAGAGAGACUCACUGCGCAGAAGUAAUGAAAAUUCUGUGUGGCAUCAGGCUGCAGAGAUGGCAGCUUCACAAGAAAAGCAGAUGGAGGUGUGUGAAGUAUGUGGUGCUUUCCUGAUUGUGGGCGAUGCACAACAACGAAUUGAUGACCACUUAACAGGAAAGCAGCAUGUGGGUUUUGCAAAGCUACGUCAAGCCAUUCAGGAAAUUAGAGAUAGUCGUGAAAAGGCAAGAGCAGAGAGAGAGAGUCAGAGAGAAAAGGAAAGAGAAGAAAGACGCAAAGCCUUACAAGAAGAAGAAAAGCGUAGAGAGAAAGAAAGAGAAGAGAGGAGAAGAAAAGAUGAAGACCGUAGACGUAGAAGCAGUGACAGAGAUCGAGACCGUGAGCGUGCAGAGAGAAGUAGAGACAGAGACCGUGAUAGAAUGAGGGACAGAGAUUAUCGUGACAGGAGACGAUCACGCAGCCGUGACCGUGAGAGGAGGAGGUCCCGCAGCAGAGACAGGGAUUAUAGAAGUUCACAUUCAAAAGACAGAGAUAGGAGAGAGAAAGACCGAGAUAGGCAUCACCGCUCACGAAGUCGCGAGCAUGAUAGAAGGAGACACAGGGAAGAAAAUGGUAAUUUUUAAGCGAUCUGUACCACCGUGAAUACUGAUGAGUGACAGGGCAAUUGUGAAGGAGGAGCCGAGAGGGAGAUGUGGAGAAUAAAGUCCGAUGAGCGGGAAAUGAAGGCUUAACCAGUGAGUGAUCUCCUCUUGAGGGUAACAUCUGGCAAGAAGAAAGAAGACCUCUUCUAUACACUUCAGCAGUUGAGAGCGUCAGGACUUCAGUCGAGCCACAGACGAUGCAUGUUGAGAGAUGCAGAAGUACUGAAGGACACUGCAGCCUCCACUUUGUGUUAGCCAGGUGACCCCCCUCAUUUCACACUCCCUUCUCUGCCUCCCCCACUCGGCCUCUUCCCAGCCCUACCCAGUAUGACAUCCCAAAAGGGCAUUCAAUGGUUCCACAGACUGACUUCACAAGAUUUUUUUUAUUUAUUUAUUUUUUUUAUUAUUAUUAUUUUUUUCCUACCUUUAAGAUUUUUCUAUCAUUACUUUUUCCCCCUUAUAGGUUUCACUGUAUAGGUAUUAGGUAGAACAAUGUUCUGUAUUAAACUUUGUUUGACUGUAAAAUAUCUCUGUAUAUAGUUUGGAUACUGUCAACACUACAUGUACUUUUGAAGUGUAAUGUAAGGGUGUUAAAACAUCACUUGUAUGCAUCUUAGUUUAGGUGUGAUAACAACCUCUUCAAACAGAGUUGUGAUGCUGUUUAAGGAAGUUCGUUGGUUGUCCGGUCACAUUCCAUCAAGUAUCUCAUCUCUCCACUCUAUUAAGGUGAGAUAAUGUGAAUUGUGUCAAUAAAUGUGUAAAACUUA